AUAAGUGUCAGCACAGUUGGAUGAUGUCAACAGUAAACAUACGACAUGUCAUCUGGCGGUGCUGCUGUGGAGGCCUGGCGUGCUGACGUCAGCCGCAAGGUGAGAAGGAUAACGUGGACGGUCAGCGGAGGAGAGGAGCAGCUUCUCUCAUCUUAUCCCACCUAACCAGGCGAGGCGAGCUUCACUCCUGCCAUCUGUUUGUUGUCACUGCUGCUGUGCUCACAUCAAGACUCAUCAUCACUGCUGUUGUAGACCACAUGGAAAAAUCCUCUUUCCACGCUGGGUCGAGCCUUCGCACGUCGGAGGUGUCGACGGUGUUUCCCCAGAGAUCCCAGCCCCACCGAGAUGAGCGUGGAGCCCUGGGCCAGCCCGCAGGACCAGGCAGCCGCUGAACACGCACACAGCACGCACACAGCGUCCUCCCAGGAUCAGGAGCAGCACCCCGACAAACUCUGCCUGGACUCGUUCUGGAGUGAGGUGGAGACCAUCCGACAGGGGAGUGGCUACGCAGACCUCGACUGCAGUAGGAGAGAUUCCAGACAGUCAGAAGAGGGUGAACAGGAGGAGCAGUGGCUGGCUGAUGCUGGUUUGUCGAACCUCAUCAGCGAGGACAGCGAGGAUGUAGACAACGCGGUGCUGUUGUCUACUCUGACACGGACUCAGGCUGAGGCCGUCCAGCGUCGACUGGAUUCCUACACGUUGUCCCUACGCAAGAGGAAUAAAACGGCACCACGUGACGUUCGGGACAUCUUCAACUCCCCCAUUUCUCAGACCCUUCUGCCUGAGUCUCAGCAUAGUGAAGACCUUGCCCAAAACAGUAUGGCAUCGGUUGCCAAAACACCACUAUCAGCUGUGACACCAGAGCAUCAGCGAGGUGCUCCUAAAGAGGAAUUCUUCAUCACCGAUGUGGCUUACUGUGAACAGGCUGUCAUCUUCCUCAAACAGGCCAAACUGCCGCAGAACAACAGCCAACGCAGGAAAGAGGACGGCACACUGCCACGGGUGAUCUGCCCCAAGUGCCGUCUAGGAGUGACUCGUAUCCAAGAUCUCUCCCACACUGACAUGAAGAAGGUGCGUCAGCUGGCUCUCAUCGACAUGACGGCGCUGUGCGACCUCUUAGAGCUAGAGGUCAAAAGGCACAAAACUGGCAAGAGGAAAAUCCCAGAGAGCACGCUCUUCGGGGUGCCGCUGGCCGCACUGCUGGAGAACGAUCAGAAAGUGAGGCCCAACACUAUGACUCCUCUCUUCCUGCAGUCGUUGUUGACAUUUUUGGAGAAGAAAGGAGUGGAUUCAGAGGGGAUCCUGCGGGUUCCAGGGUCUCAGUCCAGAAUCAAGCUGUUACAGCAGAACUUAGAGUCCAACUUCUACUCAGGGCAGGUCAGCUGGGAUGAGGUGAGUCCAAACGAUGCUGCCGCACUGCUCAAGAAGUUCAUCCGGGAGCUUCCUGCUCCUCUGCUCACCGCCGAGUACCUCAACACCUUCAGCGCCGUCAGAGACAUCACAGAGCUGAAACAGAAACUCCACAUGUUGAACCUGCUCAUCCUGCUACUGCCUGAGCCCAACAGGAGCACACUGAAGGCCCUCCUUGAGUUCCUCAGUAAGGUGGUUUCCAGAGAGAAGAGGAACAGGAUGAACCUGUGGGCCGUAGCAACCAUCAUGGCUCCCAACCUCUUCCUCCACAAGGCCGUUCCCAGCAGACUGACUGAGGGAGCAGAGAAAGGACAGGCGGAGAAGGCAGCUGAUGUUAUGAGACUCCUCAUCCGCUACCAGGACCUGCUCUGGACGAUCCCUAAUUUCCUCAUGAGCCAGGUCCGUAAGCUGAACGAGAACAGUAACCGUCGUUACCAGUUCUACGAUCGCCGCAUCAAGAACCUGCUGAGGAAGAUCCACACGGACAGCCGGGAAAAACCUGAUAAAAACACCUCAGAGCCGUGCCGUACAGUGAAGAUCCAUGUCGGAGAUCUGAUGAGCAGCACCAUGGAGUUCCAGCUCAACGUAAACUCCCGAGCCUCAGACCUGCUCGCCCAGUUUCACCGCCAAUUCAUCCGCAGCCCAGACAACGGAAAGGGCAAAAUGCGAAGAAAUGGCUCUGUAGCCUUCCCAGAAUGUGCCCUGUACGAGGUGGGAGGGAAUAUCGGUGAGCACUGCCUGGAUCCAGACACACACCUUCUGGAUUUGUACAACAGCAACUCUGGAGGAGAGUGGGUCAUCAAGCUGAAACCCAACGGCGGCAGAGGGCUGUGACAUGAAGGGUGUGGAAGGAUGGAUGGACGGACAGAUCUGGAAACAGGUCGUUGAGGAAGGGCAAAGGCAGACCCUAAAAGAAAAAAAAAAUCCACACAGCACUGUCUUCCUUGUCUUUUUCAUCCUCAGAGCAACAAGGAGAAGGAGACAGAUGGACAGAUGGAGGAAGCAGAAACAGAUCUGCCAGGAGCAGAAUCUAAAAACAAUCUAUGAUCAGAUGAACGCACGUUGCCCUCAUCCUCUUCCCCUCUACCUUCCUCUUUCUGUCUCUGUCCAUCCCUUUCUCUCCUUUUUUUUUUUUUUUUUUUACUUUUUCUCCAUCAUUUCUCUCCUGCGUUACUGCAGGGCGGCGAUGCUGCAAGCAAAGCUGCUGACGUGACUCAUUACUUCCGACAGAGAACCUGCCGCAUAGAAAAGAGAGGCGAGAGCGAGCGGCCGGGCAGUUUGUUUCGCCAUAGUUUCUCUUGAGCGAUCAUCUCCAACCAUGAGCGAGCAGAUGGGGAUGCAGAGCACCUCUGGCUAUGGAGAGCCACCCCCUUCCCGGGCUGGCCUCUGCUCCACAUAACUCAGCCAGACUGGGAUGUAUUUUCUCUAAAAGCUGAAAUAUGAUACUGGGGUUUUUUCUGUCCAUAUUUUAAGCUGAAUUGAUAUCUACUCCUUUGGACACUGAAAACAAUUAUUUUGAAUUUGAAAACUCAUUCUUGACCUUGGAGGCAGCAGCAAUCACCAGAAGGUCCAUUUAUUUUCGGCUUAAAUCUCCAGAAAUUGUUUUUCCAACAAAUAUUUUAACAUUCAACAACUGCAGCCGCAGAGGUUCUGAUAGUGUAGAUAGACUUACGGGAGCUGUAGCUGCUGAAUGCAAAUCAGUUCGACUUUAGAUGGAAUAAUUGUAAAUACUAGAACACAUCCCUCUGUGUAAUUAUCUCUGCUUUCAUCCGCCCACUCUGCUGUCACUUUCCAUGUCUGAAGCCUUUGUUAUGCGCGUGUAAAAGGACAAGUAGAAACACAGUCACCAGAAUAUAUGGCAGAGAAAUCAAGCGUUCUCCUGAAGAAAUCAAAAGAUGUAAUCACCUACCCCGAGUAUGACAACCAGGGUUCUUGUUUACAUGAGGUUUAAGAAAUCAAUUUACUGGAGAAGGUCAACUGUAACUCAGUUAUUUAUGCACAUGUUAACAUACUGACGGUAGAAGAUACUCGUUUAGCUUAGAAUAUGGACAGAAAAUCCUUGUAUCAUGUUGUUUUUUUAAAGAAUACUGAUAAUAAAAAAGAGCAACAGGAGAAAAUACAUUGAAAAUCCAGAGCUAGUGGAACAGAAGCUUACCUGGAGACAUCAGCUCUCUUUAAACAUACAGUUACUGACUGAUCAAUCAAUUAAUCAGCUAACUGAUCCUCCUCAGUUGCUUUCUCUCUCUCCUGCUCGUCUCCUUGGUCCCUCUAUCGGCCAUUAAGCAGCUCAGACAUUUUGAUCACAAAGUAAACAAAGGAUUUCUCUGCGUUGGCUUCUUUUCUUCAUCUGUGCCAUUCAAAGAGGGAAAGAGACCCUGAUCAACUGAUUAUCAUCUUAUCUGUGAAACCCUGCGAUCUCCUGGGCCUUAUAAAAAUCCAUGAACUUCCAAGGACCCCUAACCUGUACAGGACCGUGCACAAAGAGACUUUUUUUUUUUUUUAUUGGACACCAGGGGAUUUGGUGUCACAACCUCAAGGACAGUUGUCGUACCUCUAAAGGGAGUUGUUAAGGUCAGACAGUGAAGCUGGUCUUCAGUUCUCAUUUUUAAACAUGAAUGGAACCGAAAGUGCUGAAGUGACUCUUGGGGUAAACUGGGACUAUUAUUUAUAUGAAUGUGACACCGUUGUUGCUUCUGUGUUUGAUGAGUAUUCUGUAGGCUAGAGAGACUGUAGGAUAAUGUGGAUUUGUUGCGCUCAGUGUAACAGUGUCUCAUAAUAAGUCGCCCAUACUCAGUGUGGGAAUUUGCUGUGUUCUUGUACAUAUUUCUUCAUGCUCAGUUGUUUUUUGUUUUUUUUGACGGAUCUCUUUAUGUCUGUUCCUCCUAAACAAUACGUAAGAUAAAUGUCAUGUGUAAAUAUUGCUCAUUCAUACACACUCUGCUGUGAAGAGGCAGUGACAUCACUGCAGUAGUCCAGUUCGUUGUGAUCGUGUUGCUACUCAAAGCUGUUCCGAACGCACACGAGCAGCAAAUGAAUGUGUUUAAUGUUUUGCACCGAUCGUCAGAUGUGAAUCAUUUACUCCUCGCCAUCGGAGCCAUGUUGGUGCUCCGUGGCCAUUUUGUGGGAAGUGUCUUGCACGCUCCCCUCGAUAGACGGAGUAAUGAUAGCCGGCCAACAUCUAUCAACACCCUCUGCUCCAUCUCUGUCACCUCCCCAUAAUGGACCAUAACGGCACUGCGGCGAACGCAUCAGAAACGGCACCGAGGAAUCACAUUUCUUUGAUAAAGGAGAAGGUAAUAAAUGGCUGUUAUAAUUUCUGCUGCCCUGAACACGAUGACAGCAGCGGGAGCGUGUACGCAUGUGUGUGUAUCUGUGUGUGUGUGUGCUUGUGUGUGUGUGCGUGCAUGUGUGUGAUGAGCUUCAUUACACAAGUCCAAUUGGCCUGUCCCAGGGUCCAAGGCACAGUUCAGUGCCUCAGCACAAAGCGAGCUGAUGAAACUGCCUUCUGCUGACAAUCAGGAGAACUAGGUCACCUCUGAAGCGGCAUCCCAGAGGGCGAGCAGUGUGAGUCCAAACACCCGGGGAGCAGUGCACAUGGACACAUAUUGUCUAAACACACAUGACACACACGGACAUGAUGUGGAGUCACCAAAACAGGAGGCCACAAGUUCACACUUACACAUGUUCUCUAUGGACUCUGUCUGUGUUUGUAUAUAUGUGAAUGUGUUUGUGUAUGUGGGGUAAAGAUAUAGAAGAUAUCUCUGAAACAGUGUUAUCUUUAUAAUUACCCAGGGAGUCCUGAUCCCCAGUUACAGGGACAUUUGUUUCCUGCUGUGAUCAAAGUGUGGUUGUGGACCUUUUAUCGUCUUCAUCACUGAAACAACGUCCAGCUUUUAUCAUGGUGAAGAUUUUUUUUUAGACGUCUGUCCGCAGACGUCAGAAUGUAUAUUUAUGCCCUUUACACAAGUCAUUGUUUUUAAUACUCCUGUGAAAAUACCUUAGGUUUUGCUGUAGAAAGAACAACUUUUGAAUUUUUUUUUUUUUUUUGUCAAUAAAUGUGAAUCUAA